AUGUCUGACGCCGAUAUCGAGACUGUUCGGCGGCUUCAAGCCGAGCGCAAUGCGGCUGCUGCCAAAACAAAAGGUUCUAGGGCCUUUGACCCAUCUAGUCAGCGCACUGACAACUCGACCAAGGCCUCCCUGACUGAAUCCUUCGAUACGACCUUGUUCGAUCGCAACGGAUCUGACAAAUUUGCUGGAUACGACACGUCCAUCGCGGUGACUGGCGACGAUGAAGAUGACGACAUGGAAGACGCUAACGGCGGCCAUCGCUUAGUCGGCCAGUACACCGCUACCCGAAGUCAAAUCGAUGAGAUGGCGCAAGGAAACGGAGUGGAGGAAGAGGACAUCCUGCUGGGCCGGGAGAAGGCCGCCCGUAUUGCGGACAGGGAGACCGAUUACCAGAAAAGAAGAUUCAAUCGUGGCCCUCUGACACCCACACGUGCCGACCCUUUCGCUGCCAACGCCGAUGGACGAGAUGAAGCCGAGGGUCAGACAUAUCGAGAGGUCAUGGCACUCCGUGAACUUGAGAAGGAGGAGGAGCGCGUUCAAAAGCUGAUUGCUGAGAAACGAGAGCAAGGUCAAGACGUUGUUGAGGAACACCAAGCUACUCUGAAAUCCGCGCAAGACGAUAGCCCAAUGCCAGAUGCUGGCGCCACCGCUACCGAGGUGGGCAAGAAGCGAAAGAAGCGUUGGGAUGUCGGCGCAGACGAGAACGGGACAUCAGAAGAAGCCAAGCCCGCGGAAGUCAAGACCAAGCGCUCCCGUUGGGAUGAGGCUCCAGCCCCAGGAGCGCCCGAGGAACCGAAGCGCAGGUCAAGAUGGGACCUGGCACCUGCGGCCACACCCGUUGGUAAUCAAGGGCUUGCGACGCCCAUGCAUCCUUCCCAAGCAACUGCUGGGCCCACUCCAGGGUUCCCAGUUGACACGGCUGUACGAGCUGGAGACUGGACCGACGAGGAGCUUGAUAUGAUGUUGCCAACUGAAGGCUACCAGAUUCUGGACCCUCCUCCAGGCUACGCUCCUGUUCGGAAUAUCGCACGCAAGGUGAUGGCGACACCGGCGCCACUGGCUGGUGCUGCAGGUGUUGGAGGUUUCAUGAUGCAGGAACCCGAAAGCGCUCGAUCCAUGGGCAAGGACCUGCCAACGGACAUUCCGGGUGUUGGUGACUUGCAGUUCUUCAAGCCUGAGGACAUGGCAUACUUUGGCAAGCUCAUGGAAGCCGGAGAUGAAAGCACCAUGACAGUUGAAGAAAUGAAAGAGCGCAAGAUUAUGAGGCUGCUGCUCAAAGUCAAGAAUGGCACGCCUCCCAUGCGAAAGACUGCGCUACGUCAGCUCACCGACAAUGCGCGAAACUUUGGGGCCGGUGCUCUCUUCAACCAGAUUUUGCCUUUGCUGAUGGAGAAGUCUUUGGAAGAUCAAGAGCGUCAUUUACUGGUAAAGGUCAUUGACCGUGUGCUUUACAAGCUUGACGACCUGGUGCGUCCUUACGUGCACAAGAUUUUGGUUGUCAUUGAGCCAUUGCUCAUCGAUCAAGACUACUAUGCUCGUGUUGAAGGUCGGGAGAUCAUUUCCAACCUUUCCAAGGCCGCUGGUCUUGCUACGAUGAUUAGCACCAUGCGUCCAGAUAUCGACCAUGUGGAUGAGUACGUGCGAAACACGACAGCGCGUGCGUUCGCUGUCGUGGCCUCCGCUCUCGGAAUUCCGGCACUUCUGCCUUUCUUGCGGGCAGUGUGCCGUAGUAAGAAAUCUUGGCAAGCCCGUCACACUGGUGUGAAGAUCGUUCAGCAAAUUCCUAUUUUGAUGGGCUGCGCCAUUCUUCCCCACCUCAAGGGACUCGUUGAUUGUAUUUCAGACAACCUCAGCGAUGAGCAAGCUAAGGUACGAACAGUCACGGCUUUGGCUGUUGCUGCGUUAGCCGAGGCUGCCAACCCGUAUGGUAUCGAAAGUUUCGACGAGAUUCUGAAUCCCCUCUGGACUGGAGCCAGGAAGCAGCGCGGCAAGGGCCUCGCCGCAUUCCUGAAAGCUGUGGGCUACAUUAUUCCUCUUAUGGAUGAAGAGUACGCCAACUAUUAUACCAGUCAGAUUAUGGAGAUUCUCCUUCGAGAAUUCGCUUCCCCGGAUGAGGAAAUGAAGAAGGUGGUGUUGAAAGUCGUGUCACAGUGUUCCAACACCGAUGGUGUCACAGCCAACUACCUCAAGGAGAACGUCUUGACGGAAUUCUUCAAGAGCUUUUGGGUGCGCCGCAUGGCCUUGGAUCGCCGAAACUACCGUCAGGUGGUCGACACCACGGUGGACCUGGGCCAAAAGGUCGGUGUGGGGGAGAUCCUUGAGCGAAUUGUCAACAACUUGAAGGAUGAAAGUGAGCCUUACCGCAAGAUGACCGUGGAGACUAUCGAAAAGUUGGUCGCCUCGCUCGGUGCGGCCGAUAUCUCGGAGCGGCUGGAGGAACGGCUUAUUGAUGGCGUGCUCUUCGCCUUCCAGGAACAGUCCAUUGAAGACAUUGUCAUUCUGAACGGAUUUGGCACGGUCGUGAAUGCGCUCAGCACUCGAUGCAAGCCUUACCUUCCACAGAUUGUGUCUACCAUUCUCUGGCGACUCAACAACAAGUCUGCAACUGUGCGUCAGCAAGCAGCCGAUCUCAUCUCUCGCAUUGCCAUGGUUAUGAAGCAGUGUGGCGAAGAUGCUCUCAUGGGUAAAUUAGGUAUUGUCUUGUAUGAAUACCUAGGAGAAGAGUACCCCGAAGUCCUGGGUUCGAUCUUGGGUGCUUUGCGGUCCAUUGUGACUGUGGUGGGUAUCAACCAGAUGCAGCCACCUAUUCGUGACCUCCUACCUCGCCUGACGCCUAUUCUUCGUAACCGACACGAAAAGGUGCAAGAGAACACCAUUGAUCUUGUCGGUCGAAUUGCGGACCGUGGGCCCGAAUCGGUGAAUGCGCGCGAGUGGAUGCGUAUCUGCUUUGAGCUGCUGGAUAUGCUCAAGGCCCACAAGAAGGGUAUCCGUCGUGCGGCCAACAACACAUUCGGCUUCAUUGCCAAAGCCAUCGGUCCUCAGGACGUUCUGGCCACUCUCCUCAACAACUUGCGCGUCCAGGAACGUCAGUCUCGUGUUUGCACGGCUGUCGCCAUUGGUAUUGUUGCCGAGACGUGCGCGCCUUUCACGGUUCUCCCGGCCUUGAUGAAUGAGUACCGUGUCCCGGAACUCAACGUGCAGAAUGGUGUUCUCAAGGCGAUGUCUUUCCUCUUUGAGUACAUUGGAGAGAUGGCCAAGGACUAUGUGUAUGCGGUCACCCCUCUGCUCGAGGACGCUCUGAUUGAUCGCGAUCAAGUUCAUCGACAGACCGCUGCCAGUGUGGUGAAACACAUUGCGCUCGGUGUCGUUGGCCUUGGCUGUGAGGACGCGAUGGUCCACCUUCUCAAUCUCGUUUUCCCCAACAUCUUUGAAACCAGUCCGCACGUCAUUGACCGAAUCAUCGAGGCCAUUGACGCUAUUCGCAUGGCAGUCGGUACAGGCACUGUCAUGAACUAUAUCUGGGCCGGUCUCUUCCACCCUGCUCGCAAGGUGCGCACGCCUUACUGGCGACUGUACAACGAUGCGUAUGUGCAAGCGGCCGAUUCGAUGGUCCCUUACUACCCUGACCUCAAGGCCGAUGGGUUGGAUCGCUCCGAGUUGGACAUCAUCGUGUGA